AUGAAACCAACUCAAGGAACCUUAUAUAUCAACGAUUUAGAUCUAGAAUUUUCAAGAGUUCCUGACAUUCAUGGAUUGGAUACUCAUGGAAGUCUAAUACAUAUAAAACAAGAGGUAGAGAGAACAGGAAGUUUUUUUGGCGUUAAAGAAUAUUCAAGAGAUAGACAGCAGGUUUUUCCCCUACCAAUUAGAGAUGUUGGUACCAUGAUGAAACGUUUAAGUUAUGUUAAUCGAAGAAGUCCCAGAAAUAAAAGUGUAACCGGACGUGGAAUUUUGAAGUAUUUUGUAUCUUUAACAUUACGAGAUCGUAACGUUCAUUCUUCCGUUAUCGGGUUGACCACGGAUUCUUUAUGGAAAAGCGCUACAUCACACGAAAGAGCGGAAUACGUAAUCAUGUCGAAAGAUUUGAAUAAAAGAAUGAUGCGAUUUAAAUGA